AUGGAGGCAAAAUCCAUAGUCAUCAGCGUGGAGGGGAUGACAUGCAAUUCUUGUGUUCAAACCAUUGAAGAGCACGUUGGGAAGAUGAAUGGUAUCCAUAACAUUAAGGUAUCUCUAGAGGAGAAGAAGGCAGUCGUCAUUUAUGACUCAAAGCUGCAGACGCCGACAGCACUGCAGGAAGCAAUAUAUGACAUGGGAUUUGAUGCUACAUUAGCUGAUUCAAACCCACAACCUGUUUUACCUGACACUGUUUUUCUUACAAUUCCUACUCAGUCAGCCCUAACGUCUAAACAGAUUUGUAGCACACUACUAAAGAACAGAGGUAUCAUGGAUGUUAAAUUGUCUUCUGAUCAAAAGACUGCAGUGGUGACUUUCAUUUCUGCCAUUACAAAUGGCAAGCAGAUUAUUCAGAUGGUCCCAGGAGUCGAUUUAAAUAUCUCUGCACCAGAGGUAAUGCCUGGAGCUUCUGAAGAUCCCAGCUGGUCUCAAGCAAGUAGUGUUGUGCUGCGACUGAAAGUAGAGGGGAUGACUUGUCAUUCCUGCACCAGCACCAUCGAGGGGAAGAUUGGCAAAUUGCAGGGAAUUCAGCGGAUUAAAGUGUCCCUGGACAAUCAGGAAGCUGUUGUUGUCUACCAGCCUCAUCUAAUUACAGCAGAAGAAAUAAAACACCAAAUUGAAGCAGCAGGUUUCACAGCAUCCUUCAGAAAGCAGCCUAGACCCCUCAAGCUCAGUGCUAUUGACCUGGAAAGGUUGAGGAAUACUCAGACCAAAGGCUCUGAGACAACACUGAAAGCAAACUGCAACAUGAAUGACAGAAAGACAGUUGUCUUCAGAAUCGAUGGCAUGCACUGCAGGUCGUGUGUCCUCAAUAUUCAGAGCACCAUAUCAGCACUCCCAUCAGUAACAAGCAUAGUUGUUUCCUUAGAGAAGAAAUCUGCUGUUAUAAACUAUAACCCAAACUUAAUUAGCAUAGAUUUACUGAGAAAAGCCAUUGAGGCAGUGUCUCCAGAGACAUUUAAAGUCAGCCUUCCUGAUGAACAUGAAAACGUAGCACUUUUCCCCACUCUGGUUUCUCCACUGAAGUCUCCUCAGCCACCUCUGAAGGAUGCUGGCCAGCCACUUACUCAAGUUGCUGUGAUCAACAUUGAGGGAAUGACUUGCAACUCUUGCGUCCAGUCCAUCGAGGGAGUCGUGUCCCAAAAAGCAGGUGUCAGGUCUAUUUGUGUGUCUCUCGCAAAUCGUAACGGGACUAUAGAGUAUGACCCUCUGCAGACGAGCCCAGAAGACCUGAGAGCCUCGAUAGAGGAGAUGGGAUUUGAUGCAUCCUUAUCAGCAAAGGCAAAACUAUCUCAGCCCUCACCAGAAGGGCAGCUGGAGUCUCACAAAAACGAGCUUCCCUCCAAAGUGUCACCAACCCACCUCACUAGACAAGAGACAAAGACUAUAUCAAAGUGCUACGUCCAAGUCACAGGGAUGACUUGUGCAUCAUGUGUAGCCAACAUUGAGAGAAAUUUGAGAAGAGAAGAUGGAAUACAUUCGAUACUGGUUGCCCUAAUGGCAGGAAAGGCAGAAGUGAGGUAUAAUCCUGCUGUCAUUCACCCUUCAGCUAUUGCAGAGCUCAUUCGGGAGCUGGGAUUUGGAGCUACCGUGAUGGAAAAUUGUGGUGAAGGAGAUGGAAUUCUGGAACUUGUUGUGAGAGGAAUGACAUGUGCUUCUUGUGUACACAAAAUAGAAUCCACCCUCAUGAAGACAAACGGUGUUUUGUACUGCUCUGUAGCUCUUGCAACCAACAAAGCACACAUUAAAUAUGAUCCUGAAGUUAUAGGUCCUCGAGAUGUUAUACAAGUGAUAAAGGACUUAGGUUUCACUACUUCAUUGGUCAAAAAAGAUAGAUCUGCUAGUCAUCUAGAUCACAAACAGGAAAUAAGGCAGUGGAAAAGAUCUUUCGUUGUGAGUCUUGUUUUCUGUAUUCCUGUCAUGGGGCUGAUGAUUUACAUGAUGGUUAUGGACAGUCAGCUCUCAGAUGCUCAUGCACAUCACAACAUGAGCAGUGAGGAAAUGGAGGCCCUUCACUCCUCUAUGAUCCUGGAAUACCAGCUCCUACCAGGAUUGUCUGUUAUGAAUUUUCUGUCAUUUUUACUCUGCAUCCCUGUACAGAUAUUUGGAGGCUGGCACUUCUAUAUCCAGGCAUACAAAGCAGUGAAGCACAAAACUGCAAAUAUGGACGUGCUCAUUGUUCUGGCAACCUCCAUUGCCUUCGUCUACUCAUUUGUUAUUCUUCUAGUUGCAAUGGCUGAGAAAGCAAAAGUAAACCCCAUCACAUUCUUUGACACACCCCCUAUGCUGUUUGUGUUCAUCUCCCUGGGCCGGUGGCUAGAGCAUGUUGCAAAGGGUAAAACAUCAGAAGCUCUGGCAAGACUAAUUUCAUUACAAGCUACUGAAGCUACUAUUGUUACCUUGGGCCCUGGUAACGUUCUUUUAAGUGAAGAGCAAGUUGAUGUUGAACUGGUUCAACGAGGUGAUGUUGUCAAAGUGGUGCCAGGAGGCAAAUUCCCAGUGGAUGGUCGAGUUAUUGAAGGACACUCUAUGGUAGACGAAUCUCUUAUCACAGGUGAAGCGAUGCCUGUGACUAAAAAGCCUGGCAAUACCGUCAUUGCAGGCUCUAUCAAUCAGAAUGGGUCGCUGCUGAUUUCAGCAACCCAUGUUGGAGCUGACACGACUCUUUCCCAGAUUGUUAAACUUGUGGAGGAGGCCCAGACCUCAAAGGCUCCUAUCCAGCAAUUUGCAGACAAACUUAGUGGAUACUUUGUUCCCUGUAUUGUGGCUGUCUCUGUGGUGACCCUUUUUGCCUGGAUUAUAAUUGGAUUUGUGGAUUUUGAAAUAGUAGAAAAAUACUUUAUGGGUUACAACAAGAGCAUUUCUGCAGCUGAAGUGAUAAUCCGCUUUGCUUUCCAAGCUUCCAUCACAGUCCUGUGCAUUGCAUGCCCCUGUUCUCUGGGAUUAGCCACCCCCACAGCUGUAAUGGUUGGGACUGGAGUAGGAGCUCAGAAUGGGAUACUGAUCAAAGGAGGAGAGCCAUUGGAGAUGGCACAUAAGGUGAAGGUGGUUGUAUUUGACAAAACAGGCACUAUUACUCAUGGGACUCCAGAAGUGAUGCAGGUGAAGUUCCUAGUGGAGGGCAACCAGCUACCACAUAAUAAAAUGCUGGCAAUAGUGGGAACUGCAGAGAGUAAUAGUGAGCAUCCUCUUGGAGUAGCAAUAACAAAAUACUGCAAAAGGGAGCUGGACUCGGAAACCCUUGGGACAUGUACAGAUUUUCAGGUAGUUCCAGGCUGUGGCAUUAGUUGUAAAGUCACACAUAUUGAAGCAUUACUCUACAAGAAAAACAGAAUGGUUGAAGAAAACAAUGUUAAAAAUGUGACACUUGUGAAAAUUGAGGAAAAUACAGAUGAAUCAGUGCAGCCUGCCUUGAUUAUUGAUGCUGAACUACCAACUACUGUGACACCUCAAAAAUACUCUGUUCUCAUUGGGAACCGGGAAUGGAUGAGUAGAAAUGGCCUCAUUGUUAAAAAUGAAGUUGAUAAAGCCAUGAUGGAACAUGAGCAGAGAGGUCGCACAGCAGUUCUAGCAGCUGUUGAUGGAGUGCUUUGUGGCUUGAUAGCUAUUGCUGAUACUGUGAAGCCAGAGGCUGAGCUGGCAGUCUACACUUUGAAGAGUAUGGGAUUAGAAGUUGUCCUAAUGACUGGUGACAACAGCAAAACAGCAAGAUCUAUUGCCUCUCAGGUUGGCAUCACCAAAGUGUUUGCAGAAGUUCUGCCCUCCCACAAAGUAGCCAAAGUGAGACAGUUACAAGAUGAAGGAAAACGGGUGGCCAUGGUUGGAGAUGGUAUCAACGACUCCCCAGCUCUUGCUAUGGCCAAUGUGGGAAUUGCUAUUGGCACAGGGACUGAUGUAGCUAUUGAAGCAGCUGAUGUGGUUCUAAUUAAGGAUGACUUGAUGGAUGUGGUAGCAAGUAUAGAUUUAUCAAGGAAAACUGUGAAAAGGAUCCGGAUCAACUUUGUUUUUGCUCUAAUUUAUAAUCUCAUUGGAGUUCCCAUAGCUGCUGGUGUCUUCCUGCCCAUUGGUUUGGUUUUGCAGCCCUGGAUGGGAUCUGCAGCAAUGGCUGCCUCCUCUGUUUCUGUUGUGCUUUCCUCUUUGCUUUUAAAGAUGUACCAGAAACCGAGUUCUGAGAAACUCGAGUUCCGAGCCCGCAGCCAAAUGAGGCACAAGAGCCCAUCAGAAAUCAGUGUCCACAUUGGAAUUGAUGAGACUGGGACAGAUUCUCCCAAACUGAGCUUAAUGGAUCAAAUCAUCAAUUACAGUAGAGCCUCUAUAAAUUCUCUCUUUUCAGACAAGCGUUCAGUGAACAGCAUAGUUCUUAAUGAACCUGAUAAACAUUCUCUUCUAGUGGGAGACUUUAGAGAAGAUGACACAGCAUUAUGAAAGGCU